AUGGAGAAGAAGUUUGGGAUGGAAGAGAAGUUUGGAAAGGAGGAGAAGAAUCGAAGUAUGGAGAAGAAAUUAAGGAAGAAGAAGAAUGAAGUUAAGGAAGCAGAAGAAGUUAAGGAGGAUGGAGAAGAAGUUAGGGAAGGAGAAAAGGUUAAGAAUGAAGAACAAGUUAGUGAAGGAGAAGAAGUUAAUGAUGGAGAAAUAGUUUGGGAUGGGGAAGAAGUGAAGGAAGGAGAAGAGGUUAAGGAAGAAGAAGAAGAAGAAGUUUUGGAUGGAGAAGAUGUUAAGGGUAAAGAAGAAAGUAUGGAUGGGGAAGAAGUUUGGGAGGGAGAAAGAGUUAAGGAGGGAGAAAUGAUCAUGGAUGGAGAAGAAGUUAAGGAAGGAGAAGAAAUUAGGGAUGAUGAGGAAGAAAGUAAGGAUGGAGAAGAAGAAGUUAUGGAUAUUAAGGAAGGAGAAGAUGUUAAGGAAGGAGAAGAAACUAAGGAAGGAGAAGAAGUUUGGGAUGGAGAAGAAGUUUGGGAUGGAGGAGAAGUUUGGAAUGGAGGAGAAGAAUCGAUGUAUGGAGAAGAAAUUAAGGAAGAAGAAGUUUAG